GUCGCGAAACAUUUAUUGUGCGGCAUCAUUAUUGAAAUUUAUAUCAGCCGACAAAUUAUUCCAACAUGAGGCGAUUUAUUCUUCUCAUCUUUGUCGGCACGUUUCUAAUGAGAGAUGUUACAUUAUCGAAAAUCCAAGAACAUCCUUCGAAUCUGGCACGGUUGUUCGGCAUAAGUAAAUUAAACAAAAAUGAUAAUAUGAAAGGAAAACGAGUUGUAUGCGAAUCCAAAGAGUGCAAGAAAAUGGCUGACUUUAUAUUAGGAGGCAUGAACAAAUCUGUAAAUCCAUGUGAUGACUUUUACGAGUACGCGUGCGGAAAAUGGCCACAAAAAAAUACCAUUCCAGAAGGGUUGCCCAAGUGGGAUAUAUGGAUUAAGCUCCAAAUCCAGACCUAUCUGCAAAUACAAGUGAUUGUAGCGUCUAAGAUUACAGAGAAAGAUCUACCAGCGGUAAAACUUGCGAAAAAAUGGUACAAAGCUUGCAUGGAUACGGGCGCGAUAGAAAAAGAAGGGAUCGAUCCGCUGGUUUCUACCUUAUCGCGUUUAGGUGGCUGGCCUAUGACAAUGGAGCCGAAUGAAUGGAAUGAGCGGGAGUACAGCUGGGAAAAAGUGGAUGAUCAAUAUAUGCGUUUGACGGCAAGAAAUACCUUUUAUGACGUGCACAUAAAGGAUUCAGAGGAUCAAAAAAAAGUAGAGAUCGACACACCACAUUUACCACCAGGCUCAAAGAAACUGCGAUCUAUGAUCGAAUCUGAUAACACAGAAGAAAACGAAGAAGAAAACAAAGAAAACAAAGAGGGAAGCAAGAGUGAUGAAGACCCGAGUAACGAGGAUGAGCAAAGCAAUGAGGAGCCUGGAAGCGAAAGCAAAGAUGAUUCUAAUUCUAAAACCAUUGAAGAUGAUGACAAUAAUGAUGAUGAUGACGAUGAUGAUGACGAUGAUGAUGACGAUGAUGAUAACGAUGAUUAUGAUGAUGAUAAUGACAUUAAUGACGACAAUGAUGAUGACAGUGACAAUGACGAUGACAAUGAUGAUGGCAGUGGCAAUGACGACGACGACGAUGAUGAUGGCAGUGGCAAUGACGACGACGAUAAUGAUGACGACAAUGAUGAUGGCAGUGGCAAUGACGACGACGAUAAUGACGAUGAUGAUGAUGAUGAUUAUGUAGACGAAGAUGAAGAAGUCAGGAAGAAAAUAAGCAAGAAAAGAAUCACCAGCAAGAUUGGUCAUAAGAUAAGCAAAAAAUUACAGCGCGUUGGACAGAGAAAGAGUGGCACUCGGAUCAUUAAGAAGCAUGGUAGCCACAAGACGAAAAGACAGAGAAUAAGAAGAUGGGCAGCACAAGUUGACAAUAAACGCGCACGUUUUAUUCGUCGCAAAAAGUUAAAUAUUCAGAAAGGCAAAAGGAACCACGUAAGAAAAGUACAUAGAAAAAGGACGAAAAAAAAUUUUAGCAAUGCGAAAAUAAUGUACGCAACGAUACCGCAGAAAAACUUAGAAAGAAUGAAAAAGAUACCACUAUUAGAAUCGUACGCUAAUUAUAUUUCGAAAGUAGCUCAUAUUAUAGCCAAAAACAAAGGUACUAAAAUUUCAGAGAAACGUCUUGCUGAAGAUAUCCAAGAUAUGAUCAAAUUCCAACUGAAACUGAUCCAGGUAAAAAUCAUAUCAAUACCUAAUUUGAAUAUGGAAAUUACACUUGGAGAUUUUCAAAAAUGGUAUAAUAAAAAAAAUCCUAAAACAAAUAAAGGCAAGAUUAACUGGGUCAACAAAAUCAAGACAUUAUUUGAUGAGGCGUACGAGUCAGUCGAUGACGAUCUAAAUCUAGACAUUACUUCGCCAAGUUACAUUAAAAAACUUCUCUUCUUAUUGGACGAGACGUCGAAUCGAACAAUCGUGAAUUAUAUGCACUGGAACUUCAUAAGCAAAAUUAUAAAGACUACCACGAAAGAAAUGAAAGACUUGUACGAUGCGUGGGAGGACAUUAGCGAGAAUGAAAAUGAAAUUUCGACACGAGUAUUUAUUUGCCAGGAUUCAGCAGAAAUAAAAGAAAUUCUAGCGUACGAAUUUGUAAGAAAAUACUUCUCCGAUGACAUAGUGAAAACAGCAUCGGAUAUAUUCAAUGAUAUAAAAAUAGAAGUUGAAAAACUGAUUAAAGAUUCAGAUUGGUUAGAUGAUGACAGUAAAGACUUUUUUAUAGAAAAAGUAAAACAUUUGAAGAAAUUUAUCGGAUAUCCGGAUUGGUACAAGAAUACUACGAUUAUGCAAGAGUAUCUUAAAGGGCUUGUUAUCGGCCCAUCAUACUAUGAAAAUGCUCUUCGAUACAACAGAUACGUCAAAUUGGAGAGUUUACGGAAGUUAUCGGAAAAUAAUGAUGCAAUCGACGAAAAUCCAAAGAUGGUGCCAACUGAAAUAGAUGCCUUUUAUCUACCCUUUAAAAAUACGUUAGCUCUCACGGCAGCGGACUUCCAGAGUCCAUGGUUCGCUUACGGUCGACCACGAGCUGUUAACUUUGGUAUCAUUGGAUUUCUCAUAGCGCACGAGGUUAAUCAUGGAUUCGAUCAUACAGGACGCAUGUUCGAUGAAAAUGGUGACAUCCUGAAUUGCUUCCCAAUGAUGGCCCAGGCAUAUGACAAAAAAGAAAAUUGCUUUAUGAAACAGUUUAAUGAUUAUCCCAUUGAUUCAAAAACAAAUGUAAAAUUAAAGGAUUAUGGUGAACAGACGAUAGACGACAAUAUUGCAGAUACGAUGGGAUUGCAGGCGAUAUUUAAGGCUUUCCAAAGCAAAAAUAACAAGAGUAAAACACCGGAAGCCGCAUUGCCAGGCAUGGAAGAUUUUACCGAUGAACAACUAUUCUUUUUAUCCUUUUCUACUUUAUGGUGCGAAGCAAACAAAUACACCUCAAGCCAAAUAAUAGAUCUCGCUAGGAGUGAUGAACACAGCGUCGGGCGAUUGAGAGUUAUAGGUCCUGUAUCCAAUUCGGACGAUUUCGCUAAAGCUUACAAUUGCCCAGUUGGUAGUCCGAUGAAUCCCGAAAAAAAGUGCAAUAUUUGGAAAUGAUUCUAAAAAAUCUUGCGAAGCAAAUUUCUUAGAAAUAUUCAGCAUAAAUUACUUAUCCAUAUGUACCGAUGAAUA